AACGUUUAUUUCCCUCAUCUUUCCUCCAUAUAUUCAUUCAAAUCCCUCAAACGAACAAAUCCUCUCUUUCAAUCUUCUCAGACGAACAAAUCCUCUCUCUCUCUCUCUCUCUCUCUCUCUCUCUCGAUGGGUGAUCAGAAGAAGGAAGAAGAGAAAAAAGUGCCAGUUUUCACAGUCUUGAAGAAAAACUCAAUCUUGAAAAACAUAUUUCUUGAUGCCCCACAAACAAAUCAACCAACAGCAAACCAAGAAGAUGAAGAAGAACAAGUAAUUGUAAUUGGGAGACACACAGAUUGUAGCAUCACCUUGGAUCAUCCUAGUAUUAGUAGAUUUCACCUUCGUCUGCAUUCAAACCCCUCUUCUCUUAAGCUUUCUCUUGUUGAUUUGUCAUCAGUUCAUGGUACAUGGGUUUCUGGGAAGAAGGUUGAACCUGGUGUUAAAGUAGACUUGAAUGAGGGUGAUAUAGUACAGCUUGGUGGUUCAAGCAGACGCUACAUUCUGCAUUGGGUUCCAGUGAGCCGUGCUUAUAAUUUGGAUGUCCCUUUUGUGCCACCUAUGGAUGUCUUGAUGAGUGUCAAAGAAACAGAAAAUUUGUCGAAUCAGGAUGAGAAUUGCUGCCCAUCUACUGAGACAAAUCAGAUUCAGUCACAGGGUACAAGUAUGGGUAAAUUAGACUUAUCAAUCUCUAAAAAUGAGAUAGGAGUGAGCACUUUAUCCCCAGCAAUGCCAGAAUUUGGGGACUUUUCAUGCGACAAUGCAGAAGCAAAAAAAGGGAACCUGCCCAAUGAAGAGCAAAAACAGAAUGAGAUCUCUGGCAUUUUUUCAGGACAACCCUUAAAGGAGGAGUCAAUUGAGGAAAUUAAGAGUCAGCAUUCUGGUGAAGUUAGGGAGAAUUUACCAGAUGUAAGUAGUCCUAUUAAUGAUCACAAUAAGGACUUAUUUAGGGAAGAGCACGAAGAGAAUGAGGUAUUUGUCCUUUCCUCUGGAACUCCUUUUAAUGAUUCAGCUGUGACAAAGUUUGAGGAUCAGCAAUUUGAUGAAGAGCACCAAAAAAAUGAGAUAGCUGGAAUUUUCUCUGCAACUCCUCUAAAGGAGUCAGCUGUGACAAAGUGUGAAAAUCAGCAAUCUGAUGAAGAGAAUGAUGAAAAGUACGAAGAGAAUGAGAUAUCUGGCUUUUCUUCUGGAACUCCUUUGAAAGAAUUAGCUGUGACACAAUUUGAAAAUCAGCAAUCUGAUGAAGAGAAUGAUGAACACCUACAAGCUCUUGCUGGAAUCUUAUCUGGUAUAUCAUCUGCAAAAAGUCCAAGUGGCGAUUACAAUAAGAUCUCUGCCUUUUCAUCUGGACAGUUGCUUAAUGAUUCAGUUUUAGAGAUUGUGAAUCAGCAAUAUGGUGAAGAGCACGAAAACUUACUAGCUCUUGAUGGAGCUAUAUCUGGUAUGGCAAAUGUGAAUAGCCUCAAUCAGCAAUGUGGUGGAAAGCACGAAAACUCACAAGCUCUUGAUGGAGCUAUAUCUGAUAUAGUAAAUUUGAAUAGGCCCAUUAUUGAUCACAAUGAACACCUGUUGAAGGAAGAGCAUCAGAUCUCUGACUUAUCGUCUGGACAGCUUUUCAACGAGUCAGUUUUAGAGAUUGGAAGUCAGCAAUAUGAUGAAGUGUGUGAAAACUCACAAUCUUGUCUAUCUGGUAUAGAAAAUGCAGAUAGCAGCUUGACUAUCUAUCACAAUGAGCACCCAUUGAGGGGAGAAUCUGAAGAUAAUGAGGUUUCUGGCUUCUCGUCUGGGCAGUUUCUCAAUGAGUCAGUUAUAGAGAUUACAUCUCUGCAAUCUGAUGGGGAGGAUGAAGAGUCACCUCUUAAUGGAGUUCUAUCUGGAAUAGCAAAUGAGAAAGGCAGCCCCGAUAUUAAUAACUAUGAGCACAGGAUAUUGAGAGAGGAAUUCGAUGAGCAUGAGACCUCUGCCUUCUCAUGUGGACAGCUUUUUAAUGAGUCAGUUUUAGAGAUCGAUCAUCAGCAAUAUGAUGAAGUGGUCAAAAAAUCACAAGCUCUUGAUGGAGUUCCAUCUGGUGCAGAAGAUGCAAAUAGCAGCUCGACUAUCUAUCAUAAUGAGCUUUCUGUCUCUUCAUCUGGACAGCUUCAUAACGACUCAGUUUUAGAGACCAAAUAUCUGCAUUGUGAUGGAGUGGAUGAAAAGCCACCAGCUCUUGAUGGAUAUCUAUCUGGUAUAGCAGAUGCAAAUAGGAGUCCAACUAUCUAUCACAAUGAGCACCAGUUGAAGGAAGAUUUUCAGAAGAAUGAGAUCUCCGGAUUUACGUCUGUACAGCUUCUUGAUGAGUCAGUUGUAGAGAUUGGAAUUCAGCAAUAUUAUGAAGAUCAUGAAAAAUCACAAGCUGUUGAUGGAGUUCCACAUAGCUUAUGUAAAAACUAUCACAAUAAGAACUUGCCAGAGUUCUUCACUUCUUCGUUUUCUGAAGAUGUGGAGAUCAUUUGUGCAUCAAGAACGGAGAAUGAACAGGAGAAGAUGUCAACUUCCGGUUGCUACAGCCCCUGCAGCAGUACUGUUUUGGAAAGAAAAGAUCAGCUAUAUCUUUAUGAACAAGACCACAGCACUCAAUAUCACUUGAAUUCUGAAGUUCAUGCAGUUCAGUCAUUGAAGAACAAUCCAAGCAAAUCAGAGCAAGAAAGCAAUUGGCCAGAAAUCAUAAGAGAUUCAUUAUCCGAUGCCUAUGCUGUCAUUAGUGAUAGUUCCGAAGCUCUUGACAAUGAGAGUUCCUUAAAUGGAGACAACAAGCAGAAGGAAGUCACAGUCGUCACUGGGACACCCAAGAUAGACCUGAUGAACUUGUCUGUAUGUGGUGAGAGUAUUCAUACAGAAGUUUGCUUCGAACAACUUGACGAGAAAACUGAGACAGGAAUAACUUUUGCUACCAAUAAUGUGUCUGAACCCAAAGAUGCAAAUGUCAACACCCCAUUGAGAUCAGAGGAACAAAUUGGUGAAUGGUUCCCCACUAACACCGAGGUCAAAGAACUGUACAAUGAGAAUUUGGACUAUGAAUCAGUUCCAGAGGAACUUAUCUCUAACAUAGAAGUGUUUGCAGAAGAAAUCUUUACUCCAGACAAGGAGAAUUUUACUCCGAACACUCCUAUACAGAGGUCGACCAAGAAGACCGACAAAUUAGAAGAUUUCAAGCUUUUAGAUCCUCUAUGCUUAUCAUCCCCGACAAUGAAUUCUAUUUGCCGGAACUUUGUUCAAAAUGAAGAACUAACAUUCUCUUCUGACAAAGAGAAUCACACUCCAAAGGUCCUUCAGAAAUCUAGAUUGGUGCAACCUGCCUCCAGGAAUUCAGCGAGACUGAAUGUAGAACCAGCAACAAAGAACAGAAUGAGCAGGAUUCCUUUUAAAUCUCUGCUCUCCAACUCCUCAGGCAAGAGCUGCAGCAAUGACACUACUAGUAAAAGCAGCAAUUCUGGCAAAUAUGCGCAACUAAUUGAAAAGAAUACUGUUGCAGGAGACAAUAAGCGGUGGAUCAUGGUAGCAGACACUGAUUGUCUUCUAAAUAAGGUUUCCAGGAAAGCAUUACAGCUUUUGCAAGGAGUGAAGGGGACUCGGCUGAUCAUACCUAGAGUUGUGAUAAGGGAACUCGAUUGCAUGAAGCGGAGAGGUUAUUUGUUUACAAAAGCAAGAGAAAUCUCAUCAGCAUUACAAUGGAUCGAAGAUUGUAUGAAAAAUACGAACUGGUGGAUUCAUAUCGAGAGUUUAAUGGAGGAGGGAAGGCAUCUUACACCUGCUCUUUCCCUAUCUACAACUGAAAUAGAAAUGGAGGAUUUGACUUUCAGUUCAGCCUCAUUUUCUGCUUCUCUGAGUCUUCUGGAGAUUGUUUCCCCAACGCCUGGAGAUCAUAUUCUUGAGUGCGCUCUCCUCAAUAGAGGAAUGAAAAAUGGUGAAAACCUUGUCAUUCUUAGUGAUGAUGUCUCACUGAAGAUUAAGGCCAUGGCAGAAGGUAUCAUCUGUGAGGCGGCAGAAGAAUUCCGCGACAGCCUGGUAAAUCCAUUCUCUGAUAGGUUCUUGUGGGCUAAAAGCUCUCCAAGAGGAUUGACUUGGUCUUGCAUAGAUGACAUUGUUCUGAGGGAGAAGUACUAUCGCGGCCCUUUCAAGAAGCCGCCAUCAAAAUCAGGAGAAAGCUUGAAGGGUUUGAAGCUCAUAUUGGUCCAGAAUUCUCACUUCAGUGGACUAAUUCCAAAUUGACUCAAAAUGAAUUGUUUUUUCUUCCAGUUUGCACGAACUCGAAAUGAGUAGUUAUCUUCUUGUUAGCUAUGUUUAUAUCUCUGUUUAACCAUCAAAAUCUUUAUUUUCUUGGUCAUUAAGGUGUUAAGUUUUCUUA